GAUGGUUCUUUUGAAAUCGGCAAUGUCGCCAUCAACCACAGAUCAGAAGAAAAACGUUCAUAACUUCAUGGAAUCUUACCCAAGCCUUUGCAGAUUCUUUAAUAUUACGCCAUAUUCUAAAAUUGAACUAAAUACUUCAAAUAAGUUUCUAGAUUUUGUAGGUGACAGGCUCAAACCGGAGGAAUGGAAACCACUAUUGGAAGCAAUAAGCAAUGAUAGAUGUUUACAUUUUAUCAGUGUAAGGAGUAAAUAUAACAAAUCCAAAGUCUCCCAAAUGAACCUUAGAAAAAGUCAAAGCCAAUCUACUAUCACAUCUUGUGCAAACAUUACAGAUGAAGUUGUGUUGAAAUUGACAGAAGCGUUAUCAAAUUGCUUAACUCAUUCUUCUGCUCUUACUGGGUUACUGCUGGAAAAAUUAACCUUAGGAGCCGAUUCCCUGAAUCGUCUCAACAAGGGACUAGAAGUUUGCCGCAAUCUACAGCAGCUAUCACUUCCCUACUGUCAGAUCGGAGAUGAAGGAUGCGCUAGUCUAUGUUACGUUUUUCGCCACCGUUUGAAUCUUAUAUGGCUUAAUUUGAGCGGAUGCUCCAUCACUGAAAAAGGUGUUGGCAUACUAUGUGACCUCCUCAAGUAUCAGAAGUUGAGUCGCUACGGGGAAAGUUGGAAGCAGUCACUUCGCUAUCGUCCAGUCAAUCCUAAUUCGAUGCCUGGUUUGCGACGACUUACUCUCAAUCAUAACCCUUUUGGAGAUGCAGGAGUUAAGAUUAUUGUCGAUACUCUUAUAGAUGAUCUGUGGCUAAAAGCGUUAGAUUUGCAGGACUGCAACGUAUCUUUAGUGGGAGGAGAACUUGUUCUGAAUUUGGUCAAAGAGAACCAGUUUUUGUCUGUUCUGGAUCUCAGAGGAAAUACGAAGAUACCAAAGAGUAUGGUAGGGGCAGUUGUUCAGCAACUGGCGGAAAACAAUGCAGACGCUACCCUAGAGUUCCAGUGGCUGAAAGAAGAUAAUAUGAGGACUGGUUCGGCAAGCAGUAUCAGAACUUCCAUUAGCAAAUCCAGCAUGAGGCCAAGCGUGGUAUCAAACACAACAUUUUGCAGCAAAGCGAAACCUCGUAUACCAAUCAUGACGAUCCCACCUUCAACUCAAUGGCAGCGCAGAGCUCGGUCUGUCUCUUCUGCUAGACCUGCAGGAUUCAACAACCAGCCUGUAGUAGGAAUUCAUUAUAAGAAAAGCAAUGAAAGUAUUCUUUCAGAACUAAAUUUCGUGAAAAACCAGCUUCAAGAAUUUAAAAAGCGUCUUGAAGAAGAAACUCAAAAGAGAAAGCAGCUUGAAGAGCAGCUUGAAAACUACAAAAGAGUUACUGUCCCUUCAAAUAACUCAUCAGAAGACAUACCGAAACGGGACAAUAGCUCAGUUCAACUGCGCAAUAACAAUGAAUUGGAAGCAGUUAAAUCGGUGCCAGAAAAAAACAUUGUGACAGCAGAAUGCGAUAAGUCUAAGGAAGAUAUUGACAGUGUAGAUUUCUUGAUAGAAACUAUGAACGAGAAUCUCCGCUUCCGAUCCAAGUCAAACAUUUCCUUAUACAGGCCAGAUGACACAUUCCAUGACCAAAAUGAAGCUACCACACCAGUUGUGUUAAAAUCAGAAGAGGCACCUUCAAAAGCACAACUACUGUUUGAGAAAUUGAUAUCAAGCUAAUAUUGGUUUUUUAUCUUGUAUCAUGUUAGUGCUCAAGUUUUGAGAAAUUUUCAGAAUCUUCACUUCAUCAGAAGAAGGUUUUUGAAGAUAUACAUAUCUUCUAUUAUGACUUAAUCUGUUAUAAAAUAUUGUAUUACCUAAUUUAGCACCACCACAAACACUCGGCAAUAAUUUUGUGGCCCUAAAAACGUUGUAUAACUCCAAGUUUAUUUUGCAAAAUAAAAUU